AUGGGACAGUUCUCUUCUACACAACGUGAUUCAUCCAAUACUGGCUAUCCGGCACAUCUUCCACCUUUCUCGAUACAGCGUGGCCCCAACACGAGGGAUGAAGAAGAAAUGAAUCAUAGACAGGCAGCUGAACACAAUGGAGAGGGUGAUUUAUCACCCCGGACCGAUAUGAACACACACACAAGGAGCGACCAAGAUAUGCCAUCCGACCGGCCAGGCCGGUUCUCUGCUGGCGGUUCGCAACCCAUGCGGAGUAUUGAGGAGGAGGACGGGCCCGAGUAUGAGCUCCCACCCCGGGAAUACCGCACCGCGGCAUUUGCUCGAAUGGCAGCACGAAGACAAUCCACCAUGUCAAGACUAGGGUCUAGGCUUCUCCCUAAUUCAGUUAUCCGUGGACUUCUUAACAGUCAAGAAGAAACUCCAGCGGAGGGACAUGCACAUCGACAUGGCCUAAUUCAUAUGCCCAUUCCAAGAUCCGAGGCUGCCCACGCAUCCGGUCGGUUUAGUGCGUUCAACUCCCUUGGCUCUAGAGGAAUCACUCGGCGCCGAUCCGCUAGAGCACCAUAUUUUAUUCCACCCCGCGCGGAGUCCGCUGGAAUUCCAGAUGCUGCACCAGCAACCCCGCCAUAUAUCGACUCUCCAUCUCAAAUACCCGAGCCCACAAGAGCAUCGUGGCGCCGAAGUGUCAGGCUACAACGAAUGCGCCAUUCGAUUUCAUCUCCCAUUUCACACAUGUUCGGUCAGGCGCACUCAGAUUUGCGGCCCCACGAAAGCCCGGAAUAUCCAAUGUCAGAUUCAUUAUAUGACGAUCGGGACAUGGACACGCGUCUGGACUUCGGCGAGCAGCCUCAUGAACUUGAUUCGGUAGAACCGGCCAUCCAGGCUGUGGAGCCGGAAACCGGUUCAUCUCCUACCCAGCCGAGUCCUGCUUUGAUGCGUCGAUUGCCUGGGAUCAUCCGAGCGAGAUCAUCUAGAGUCCUGCGACGAGAGGAGCAAACACCUCUGUCAAGAGUUCUUCAGCUCGCCGCAUCCGCAAUUGCAGCCCAACUAUCUGGCACAGCCGGCCCUGCGUUGCCUAAUAUACAGGCAUUGGGCAACGAUGGAUUAGAUGGCUCUUUGGAGAAUUUCAUUCAGAGUUUGCAGCACGCGACUUCUGCGCAGGCUCAGCCGACUACGACAGGGGAGGGACCGAGCAAUGCUGGAAAUGAAGCACCCUCACAUCCCGUCAAUUUCUUGCGUGUGUUCCGAUUUGCCAAUUCCGAGCCACCCACGGGCCCAAGCGCUUCAGGGCAGAGCGUGAAUGGUGUGGGCGAACGUGGGACCCAAAACGAUGGGAUGGAUAUCGAUGAGCCUGCUGAAGGCGAAGGACGAACAGUUACAUUGGUUGUUGUUGGAGUUCGGUCUGUCCCGGCUGGGAACGGAGGGAAUACUGAACAACCACAACAACAACAACCUACAAGUCCAGGCCCCGGUUUAGAUGCUCUACUUGGCCUACCCUUUUUGCCACCCAAUAACAUUCCACGGCCUCAAGAUGCCGCUGGUGACACUACCCAACGGGGCGAUGUGCGAUCCAGAUUGCACUUUCCUCGGCACCCAGGUCAUGCAGGACUACACAACCCCGCCGGAGCUACAGAUUUCCCUCGCCCAUCAGUCCCCAACGCCUUUAGAAGAAUGUCUGAUGCCGGGCCCCGUGCUGCAUUCCCGUCCUAUCAUCCCUCUGGUUUCUCUGAAAGUCCUCCGGGUCCGCACCCACCUCCAUCAACCCCAGCAGAACAAGGAGUUUCUGGUUUGUCCUCCGGCACUUCCACCCCGAGCCGGAGACCCUCCUCUGCCUCAGCAAUUACACCAGAUGUUUUACCCCACCUCCAUGAAGACCAGGCAAUGCAACCGUCGGCGGAGACUUUGGAAGGGCCUAUGGCCUUCAAUACUGCCCGUCAGCGACGCCGAAGUGACUCUGAAUAUGCCCGUCAUCGGGCCCUAGGCUCUGGCGCUGUUCGACGCAAUGGCAUGGUCGAACCCGAUCAACCCACACCAAGUGGAGGACGCAGUUGGUUAAUCUAUGUUGUUGGAACUAAUCUCUCUGAAAACCACCCGGCUUUGACGACACCAAGCCUGUUCACUGAUAACCCUACCUACGAGGACAUGAUCCUACUUUCAUCACUGUUGGGUCCAGCCAAACCUCCCGUUGCCUCUCAAACCGACGUCAAUUCCGCCGGCGGACUGUUCCGUCUCGUUGAGUAUGCGGGCUCCUUGGUCGCCGAAGCUGUGGAAGGCGCUAGCGCCAUUCAAAUCCAAGACGGAGAGCGCUGUUUGAUCUGCUUGAGUGAUUAUGAGGUGGCCGAGGAAGUUCGAGAGCUGGGUAAAUGCAAACAUGUCUUCCACAAGGACUGCAUAGACCAGUGGUUAACCACUGGGAGAAACUCUUGUCCUCUGUGUCGAGGUCAAGGAGUCAACGAAGCUCCUGGUAACGACUCCAACACCGACAACCCGGCACCCAAUACUGCUCCUCCCCCUGCUUCUGCGCCUGCUCCAACUCCAGAUGGCACAGCCGUCUGA